AAAAGGACAAGCAGGGGUGAAGGGAGCACCAGGCGAGCCAGGUCUGUCUAUCAUUGGACCAAGAGGACCUCCUGGCCAACCUGGAACAAGAGGAUUUCCAGGCUUUCCAGGGCCAAUUGGGUUGGAUGGCAAGCCUGGACAGAAUGGACUGAAGGGAGACAUGGGUCAGCGUGGUCCUAAAGGACAGCCAGGGGAACCUGGAUCUAAAGGGGAGAAGGGCGUCUGUGGAGAUUACACACACAGGGGCCUCUUUGCACAGGAUCUUCCAUUGAAAACCCUGGCCGCCUUGCGCUACAAUCAGGCUGUGAUGUUGAAGCAGGGCGAGCCUGGAGCGCAGGGACCCCCGGGACCUCCAGGACCCCCUGGACUGCCAGGAACACCAGGCUUGAAUGGAGCCAGUGGCUCCCCGGGUAAGCCUGGUGAGCCAGGAAAACCAGGAAAAGACCUACGGCUUUUACCAGGACUCAAGGGUGAGCCAGGUGUGCCAGGACAAAAGGGUGAUCAAGGCGAUGUAGGCCCACCAGGUCCUGAUGGCCCAAAGGGAGUUAAAGGUGACCAAGGAAUGAAGGGAGAUGAAGGAAAGUGGGGUUUCCCAGGAGAGAGGGGAGAGAAGGGAGAACCAGGUUUCCCAGGCACUCCUGGGUUAAAGGGCCAGGCUGGCAUCUCUGGUACCCCUGGCAUCCCUGGCAAGAGGGGCUACAGGGGUGAGAAGGGAGAGCCAAGCAUUGCUGCCCAAGGAAUAAAAGGAGAACCAGGUUCAUUGGGACUGCCAGGCCUAAUGGGGCCCAAGGGUGAAAAAGGUGACCACGGAGACAAGGGGGAAGUAGGUCCCGAAGGCCCAGCUGGAACAAGAGGUCCUCAGGGCCCAACUGGGGAGCCGGGAAAGGCUGAAAUCCACAAUAAUGAAAAUGAUAUUCACAACAUACCCCUGAUGGGUCCCCCUGGAUUACCUGGACCUCCAGGGUCCCCUGGCCUCACUGGUGCGAAGGGUGAAGUUGGACUACCAGGUCCACCAGGACUGGACGGUGAGAAGGGGCCCAGAGGAAAGCCUGGAGAGCCUGGCCCUGCAGGUCCCAGAGGGGAGGACGGUGUCGAAGGCUUCCCAGGACCCAAGGGGGACAUGGGUCCAGCUGGAUCACCUGGUCCUAAAGGCGAAUCUGGAGAAGGAGCUAGGUCAGAAAUAAUCUAUGGUCCUUCAGGGCCCCCAGGACCUCCAGGACCAGUUGGCCCAGCAGGAUCUCAAGGACCUUCAGGGCCUAAGGGAGAGCCAGGCAUAGGCAUCAGAGGAGAAAAGGGAGCAACAGGUCAGAAGGGCGAAAAGGGAGACAGAGGCCAUCUUGGACUCCCUGGGGCUCAUGGGUUAGAUGGCAGACCAGGCCCAGUGGGUCUAAUAGGACCAGCAGGUGUGCCAGGGCCAGCAGGACCAAAGGGAGACAGAGGUGAAAAGGGAGAUGCAGGAUUACCAGGACCAACUGGGCCUCAAGGCAUCCCUGGUUUAGUAGGACCACAAGGAGUCAAAGGGAACAGGGGAGAGAGGGGCAAGAAAGGCAACAGGGGGGCCAAAGGGGAUAAGGGAGACCAAGGAGCACCUGGAUUAGAUGCCCCCUGUCCUUUGGGGGACGAUGGCUUACCUGUACCAGGAUGUUGGAAUAAAGGUCAACAUCCUUUCCAACUGGCCAAGAAGUAGGGCAACCCAAGACUGUCUCCAAGAAGGUGCAUACAGAAGCUGAAGACAUUUGGAGAUCUCUGUGAGUUGGAGUUGGCACUUCAACAUUUUUCCAGGUGGCUGGACCCAGGGCCCGUAGUGUUGAAGGCUCCAGUGGUAUAGUGAGCAGAUUAAACUCAAUAAAACUGAGAAGUACAACCAUCACAGCCACAGGGAGACAAUGUACCUACGUAUGUGUACCUACCCUACUGACGUAUUAAUGAUGACUGCGCACACUUUGAUCUAUAAACUCUUGAGAAUGAGUCAUGGACACUUAGCACAUGCUAUUUGUUGUGUUUAAUGUGACAUCAAUACUGCAACUGUGAUUAAAAAUUCAGAGCAGCUCACAGCGCAGAUAGAUGCCAUGUGUUUCCAUGAAAAACUAAAAAACAAAGGGAGACCCUCUUGAUGAUUCCUUCUUGAUACUGCCUUUUUAAAAAUACUUUUACUUGCAGCUAUUACAUCAUAUUACAUUACAUUUGAAUGACUGUGGAAAUACUAUAAUAUGUCAUAUAUGAAAUAUAAUAAAAUACAAAUGACAUCACAAUUGAAUGAUGUAAAUUGUAAGUAUUGUACAAUAUAAGAGAAAUUGUAUGUAUUGUAUGUAUAGAAAUACAGUCUACAGUCUGUAAAUAGAUUGCAUAGAUGAAAAACAUACAGGGGAAAAACAAAGGGUGAUUAAUAGUUGUUCCUUCAUACAUUUAUAGUUUUUAAAAACUUCCUCUUGUAAAUCAACACUUUCUUUACUAGUUUCAGAAAUUGCAUGCUGCAUAUUCAGGCUCUAUAACAUGCUAUACGAUUACUGCUGCAUGUAAAUACAGAUUUUUUUUUUCCUUUUGACUCAAACACUUUCACCAGGGCAUUUUUUAAAUUAUUUAUUGCUUUGUCACUCAAAGUAUAAAUUCUUCGUUAAAGAUAAAACACCCACCACAAUUGGCUGUUAGAACAUUCAAAUACCCUGAGAGAAAUGCCUUUUGUCCAUGUGUUGAACACAAACUAGUAAUAAUAAUGACUUUCCUGUUUCAGAUCAAAUGUACAGAAGCAUUCCUUAUGUCAUAUUGACAGGUGUUGUCAAAAUUGUGUUCCAGUUUUAUUUAUUUGUUGGUUUUCCAGUUUUUCAGUUUAGUACUUUGAAAUUGAAAUAAAUGUUUCCUUGUUUCAACAGGUGCAAGUGUACUUACAAAACCUAUUUAGUGGGUGAGCUCCACUUAUUCAUUUUUAAAUUUAAGUCAAGAGUUUGACACAUAAAUGAAAAUCACAGGAAAAAGACAAAACACGAACAAUUAGACAUUUUAAAUGUUUUGUCCACUUGCUUACUAUUGAUUUGUGUAUUUAAUUGUGUUUUGGUUUAAUUGUAUCAAUCUCCUUGUAUUUUGUCUGUAAAUGUGACUGCAGAUGACCUGAGCUCUUUCAGCAAUAUGCAAAUGGUGUCAUAACAGCAAUUACCAAACAAUUUUAUUUUGUUUGUUGUUGUUUGUUUUUCAUUGAAAAAAUAACUUAUCAAAACAUUCAUCUGGUAAUUUACUUUACAGAUACUGUCCCUGAUUUUUCUUUCACUCUCCCAAUUCUCCCUUCAGCUUCUGUCUGAAGCUGUUGAUGUGUUUGGACUGUUCAUAUCAUCUUCCAAACAUCAAAAGUGAAUUGAGAGGAAAGUUGGACAGUUGGUUGAUAUGAAAAAAAUUUGGGCCUACAUCUUGUAACAUUUUGUAUCUGAAAGUGUCAGUUUAGUUUCUGCCUGAAAUUUUACAUUUCUUUUUUGCACAAAUAUGGAACAAACACAUUUUUUAUACAAAGAAAGCAAGUUCUUCAUUUGCCUUAUUUACUUGGCUUGCGUUUAUGCAAACAAGGAAGAAAUGUAAGUUUUGAUCAACUAUCUAUCCAAUUUUCUAGCUAUUUGUCAUGGUUUUAGUUCGGUAGCUUGCUUAUAACUAGAAAGACAAUUUCCUUAUUCUUAGGUCUAAGGCCAUUACUUCCUGCAUUGGAGCACCCCAGAGUGCAUUAUAUUGCCACUGUGGAUGGAAAUUCAUAACUUGGGUAUUAUUCAUCAACUCUGAUUCAUGCCACUGAUUGGUUGUUCUACAUACCAACAGUGGCCUAGGCUCAUUGUUAUUAUAGAGCCAUGUUAAACUGGUACAUGCACAUUAUAGUUUCUCAGAAAUUAUGUUCAAUACAUAUCAAUAUGUCAAUAAUUCAAACUGGUGACAACAACAUAAAGCUAUUUCCAAAAGUGAUUUUCCCCAUGUGAAAAUUUCAGAUUUUUUCUGUAAUGAUCUGCCUCAAUGUUGCUUGCAUCCUUAAUGAUGCAGGGACAUCCUUGGUAUGGAUAUCCCUCACAUUGGGGAAAAAGACUCAAACAAAAUUCAAACGAAACGUUAACACCAUCUUCAUUAUAUGUACAGUGUCAGUUUUCAAAAUAUUUUCUUUGGUUUUGCAUCAUAUUUGGAAUGUGACAAUGUUUAGGUGGAAAAUAUUUAGUUAACCUUCUUUAUUUAUGUAUUUCAAAAAGAAAUAUAGAUGUAUAAUUUGUUUUGAUUUGAAAUUCUGUAGGUGUCAAAUAACAACAAUAACUGUAAGUGGGCAUUAUACAGAUUUUGCAUGUUAUUGUUUACCCUGUACGAAGCACUACUGAAGUUUGUUUUCAUUUUUUUUCUUAUAUUGGUUAUGGAACUUUGCAUAUGCUGAACAUUUGAUAUUUUUUCUGCAUAGUCAAAAUAAAUCUGACAGCUGAGUGACCUUUGUCUACCAAUUCUGUGCUACCACAAUCUCAAACCGACAUGUAUAAGUUUGUUUAAGAUUCAAUAUGACUUCCAACCAAUAAGGUAAUGAUAUUUUGUAAGGUAAUGGUUUUUUGCUUUCCAAAAUAAUUUAUUUUUCCUUUUUUUAAUCCAAACAUGGCAGCUGUUGUUACUGAUUGCCAAUCAGAUUGACUGCUAAUUACAAGUAAAGUUUUUAAGCUUUUUGUCGUUGACUCAGAAUAAAGAAACCCAUUUUCAAUGGAUGUGAAGCUA